UCCUUCCCAUAGACGCGCCUGCGACGUCUGUCCAGCCCGGGAACUUCUUUCCAGCGCUGCGGGUUUUCUCUCCACGCGGGUUCUUUGCUGCUGUGAGCGGCAAUUCCCGCAAUGCUCUUCUACUCCUUUUUCAAAUCCCUGGUAGGGAAGGACGUGGUAGUUGAGCUGAAGAACGACUUGAGUAUUUGUGGGACCCUGCAUUCUGUGGAUCAGUAUCUGAACAUCAAACUCACAGACAUCAGUGUGACAGACCCAGAGAAAUAUCCUCAUAUGCUGUCUGUCAAGAACUGCUUCAUCCGUGGCUCAGUCGUCCGCUACGUUCAGCUUCCGGCCGACGAGGUUGACACACAACUAUUGCAGGAUGCUGCGCGGAAGGAAGCUCUUCAGCAGAAGCAGUGAUGGCUCCCCUGUCUUUUUUGCAUCGCCUGAUUGUGUCUGUGUGUGUGUGUGUGUGUUCUUGGAAAAGAAUGAGGGAGGGUGUUGGCAAGCCUCUUCUGGAGAGAAUGUGGCAAUAUUUUGUGUCCCAGUCUGGAAAAGAGCAUGUAUGCACACAACUGGUGUGUAGUUGUGCUCGUUUGCCUGUUUUUUUGGACCUACAAGAAAAAUCAGAUUUGCUAUCUUGCCUUCAACUAGGGUUGUACAUUCUUCAGUCCUGUGGCUCUGUAAGUUGUGUAGAACCCAUUGCUGGAAAAUGGCAGUAAAAUUAUUUUUUAUAAAAUGCACUAGGAGCACUAUUUGUUUUCCUAGAUCUCCCCAUUCCAAUCUUAUUACACUGUUAAAUGGUAGGAGAGAGACUUCUUGGGUAGAGUGGCCAAUAUUCAAUUCCCCCCCCUUUUAAAAAAGUCUUUUUUUUCUAUACUAUGCUCACAAACAUCAGAAUAUGUGAUCAGUCCAUUUGCCACUGACCUUUUCCAGUGAGCUCCAUUUUGGGGGGGGGGUCUGUAUUUUUGGUGUUAUCUCAUAUUUAACCAGCACAAAUAUUGCUUUUAUUCAUAUCCCAGCAGGUACAGAAAAAAGCCUGAAAACUCCCUCAUGUGCCAGUUAUUUCUGUUCUGUGAACUAUAAUUCCAUUCAAUGUCUAACUCAGGGCUCUCCAAGGGGUAUUAAGGACUAAGAAUCCUAUUUCUGUUAUUUUUGGCCAUUAAAGGGUGCCGUAAGAUCAGUUUCUUUACCCUUCAAAAUGAUUUUCCCCUCCAUUCUGGAUCUUCAGUGGUUCUGAGGCAAUGAAGAAUGAAAUGUACUAAUUUUUGUGUUUCUGAUCUUUUGUGACCAUUACAAGAAUACAUGGCUGUUUUGUUUUUUUAA